UUAUAUUUCUCCCGCAUAAUACCAAAUUUCUCCCGCAAUUUGAAAAUUUUGACCUGGCAACCCUGCUCAUGGAUAGCAUACUUCAAGCUGAUAAAACUAGUGAAACCUUUACAUCUUUAUAUUAUGAUACCAUAGAUAAAAAGCGAAAUAUUAUACAUAAACUUUAUCACGAUAAUGCAACUUUGAUUUGGAAUGGAAAUCAUUAUCAAGGACUGGAAGCUAUAAAGACCUUUUUUGAACAAAUUCCAACCUCUGAACAUAAAACAGAUUGCUUGGAUGCUCAACCAAUUACACCAAAUGUAACAAAUGGCCAAACAUCUAUUACCUUAAAUGUACAUGGAAUAGUCAGUUACGAUGAAAACAGUAGUAAUAGAAGAUUACAUCCACCUAAAUUGAUGGGCUUUAAUCAAUCCUUUAUACUUAUAGCUGAAGGUGAUAAAUGGAAAAUUAUAUCUGAUUGGGUACGUACUCAUGAUUGUGAUAAAGUGCAAUGAAUAUGUCUACAGAAUUAAACUUCUUUGCAAAAUACAAUUAUUUUUUUAAAAUAUAUAUUAUUGUAUUUAAUUUCAUAAUAUACAAAAACAACAUAAUCAUAUUGGGAAAAUUAAAUAUAAAUCAAUAUUUUUAUUAGAUUCAAUAUUCUGUCUUUUAAUUUGAUUAUAGAAAUGUUAAUUACC